CAGGGUCGCACGGUCGUCUGUAACAAGUGUCUUAACUUCGCAAGGGAUCGGUCAGGCCAGCUUAAUGUACACAAGUGUUAUUCGUGCCACAGUGCAGAGCUGGAACCACUCAUAUCCAAUCAGAUUCACCUUAAGGACCAUGAGUGCAUUAGCGAGGGACAACAACAUGAUCUUUAGACAGCUGUUUGACCGUGAGAGCUGUACGUACACAUACCUGCUGGCUGAUGCCAACACGAAGGAUGCGGUUCUCAUUGAUCCUGUCAUAGAGCUGGCAGAAAGAGAUGCAAAAACAGUGAAGGAGCUCGGACUAAAUCUAAAAUAUGUCAUGAACACCCAUGUCCAUGCUGAUCACAUCACUGGUAGUGGUCUACUCAAGAAACUUGUACCCGGCUGUCAGUCCCUCAUUGCUAAGGUGUCAGGGGCUACAGCUGAUGUUUUGGUCGAACAUGGUGAUACAGUGACUUUUGGAAAUCAAAAGCUAGAAGUCCGCUGUACACCUGGUCACACCAAUGGUUGUGUAACAUACGUGAGCCAUGAUCAGAAAUUUGCUUUCACCGGAGAUGCCUUGCUGAUACGUGGUUGUGGAAGGACGGAUUUCCAGGAAGGCUCCCCAGAAACCCUGUAUAAUUCUGUACAUUCCCAAAUUUUGAGUCUUCCUCAUGAAUUCAUGCUUUAUCCAGCUCACGAUUAUAAGGGCCAAACUGUAACAACCAUAGCAGAGGAGAAAAAAUACAACCCAAGGCUGACCAAGAACAAGGAAGAAUUUGUGGACAUCAUGAACAAUCUUGGUCUGGCUUUCCCAAAGAAAAUUGAUGUGUCCCUGCCAGCUAACAAGGUGUGUGGGCUACAUAAUCUACCCGAGGACUUAGCUGCAAAGUUUGAUGCCAAAUAACUGUAACAUGAAUAAUAAUAUGUUUUAUGACACUGCAAUCAAUUUUGAUAAAAUCACUCAUAACAACUAAGGCUGAAAAUGAUGAUUUGGUAAUAUGAACAAAUAUAUCAGGAAAUCCAUCUACAGUAUAUUUUUUUAAAUUAUUUCAUAAUACAUGCACCUUCCAAAUGCCGCCAAGGUAAAUACAGUAAUUGUAAACUGUAGUGAAUCUAGUGAAUAAAAAAGGAUGUACUAUAUAAAACUACUACCUGUAUAUGAUUUGUAAAGUACAGUACUGUGUAAGUAAUAAAAUACAUUGACACCCAAA